AUGGUGAUCGAGGCAUGUGCACGGGUUCGGCCUGAUAAGAGGGAUUAUGUGGGUUUGGUAGAACCAUGUCCAGAUGUAUUGCCAGGGCAGUUAUUGGUAGCCCGAUCAUUGAGUACAGUUUCAAAGGGAAGGGUUAUGGUUAGAAUUCUUAAUCUGUCCCCAGUGGCUGUGAUCCUCUCCCAACGCUGCCGGAUUGGACAGCAUUCAGAUGUGGAGUUGUGUUCUUCUGGCCUGCAAGGAAAUGUGGAAUUAAGAUCAUUAGAUGAUGACACUGUGGAGGUAAGCGUGAGACAAAAUAGAGUGCAGGAUGACGAACAAGUGCAGAUGCCAUGGCCUGUUGCUGUAUCGUUAGAUCCACAGCAGUUUAGUCUAAAACAACAAGAGAUGAUUUCUGGUUUGCUGGCUAAACAUCAGAAGGUUUUCUCAGAGCAUGAGGAAGAUUAUGGAUUUACAGAUAGAGUCUUGCAUGUAAUACCAACAGGUGAUGCAGCCCCAAUUAGAGAACGUUACAAUAGGAUUCCACCAAAAUUGUAUCAGGAAGUUAGGGGACUUUUAAAUAACAUGCUUGAGAAUGGUAUUAUUAGGGAGAGCUAUAGCCCCUGGGCAGCACCUGUAGUGCUUGUCAGAAAGAAGGACGGCACCCUUCGUUUCUGCGUAGACUACAGGUGUCUGAAUGGUGUUACACAUAAAGAUUCAUAUCCUUUGCCUAGAAUUGAGGAAUCACUAGCCUCAUUGAAAAAAUCUACAGUGUUUUCAACUUUAGAUUUAGCACAUGGGUAUUGGCAAGUGGGGGUGCACCCAGCUGACAAAGAGAAGACCGCUUUUGUUACCCCAAUGGGGCUAUAUGAAUUUAAUCGGAUGCCAAUGGGGUUAUGCAAUGCUCCAGGAACUUUUCAAAGGCUGGUUGAAAGCUGUCUUGGGGAUCAAAAUUUUGAAACUGUGUUGCUUUAUCUGGAUGAUAUAAUUAUUUUCUCCUCCUCUUUUGAGGCUCACAUUGACCAUCUGGACUUGGUUUUUAGUCGUCUUGGGGAUUUUAACCUGAAAGUAAAACCAACUAAGUGUUCUCUGUUUCAGAGCAAAGUGCAUUAUUUGGGCCAUGUGAUUUCAGAAGGAGGGGUGUCACCAGACCCAGGGAAGUUGCAAGCCGUGGAGACAUGGGCGGCUCCUCAGAACAUUACCCAGCUUCGGGCCUUUUUGGGCCUAGUGGGUUAUUAUAGACGUUUUAAAAAAGACUUUGCAAAGAUUGCAGCACCACUGAAUUCAAUGUUAUGGGGGACAUCGAAACGACGAACUCAACCAGCUGCAGGUAAAGCAGAGCGUUGGGCAUGGGGGGAGAUGCAAGAAAGCGCCUUCAAGAAAUUAAAGGAGAGCCUCCUGCAAGCACCCAUAUUAGCAUAUGCUGAUUUCCAGCUGCCAUUUGUGCUGUAUACGGAUGCCUGUCAGACGGGUUUGGGAGCAGUACUUGCUCAGGUUCAAGAAGGGAAGGAGAGAGUAAUUGCUUAUGCAAGCAGAAGCCUACGCCCUACGGAGAGGAACGAUAAAAACUAUAGCUCAUUUAAAUUAGAACUGCUGGCUUUAAAAUGGGCUAUAGCGGAAAAGUUCAGGGACUAUCUUGCUGUGUCUCCCUUUACUGUGUUCACAGAUAAUAAUCCGCUGGCUCACCUGAAUACGGCUACGCUGGGGGCAGUGGAGCAACGAUGGAUGGCCCAAUUGGCUGGAUUUCAGUUUGAUGUGCGCUAUAGACCAGGACGGACAAAUGGAAACGCUGAUGCCCUCUCGAGAUGGCCUGGGAAAGAGACAGAUGGCCAGUCUAUAGAGGAUGAAGCAGUGCCAUGUGGUGAGCCGGGAUAUGUACCAUCUGAAGUGGUUCAUGCUUGUGUCCAUGCCUUUGUUCCAGUAGUUAAGGACCAGGAGAAGGAGCCAAGCAAAGAACGAGAGCCACAGUUGACCCAGGAGGAGUGUGUCGGACCUAGUUUGUUGGAUGACUGGGUGAGGUCACAGCGGGCGGAUCCAGUGCAGUCACGAUUGUGGAUGUAUAUGGACAGAGGAAGAGGCCCUGGACCAAGAGAACGAGCAGCAGAGGAUCGACCUACUCAAGUGGUGCUGCGACAGUGGGGUCGUCUGGGCACCGAUCGAGGAUUGUUGUGCCGUGAGGUAUGUGAUCCAAAGACAUUUGACAAACUGAAACAAGUUUUGGUGCCUCAAAGUUUGCAGAACCAAGUCCUAGAAUGGGUGCACGAUCGUGCCGGACACCUUGGAGUGGAAAAAACUCUCGGCUUGGCCCGUCGCCGUUUCUUUUGGCCGGGAAUGACACAAGGAGUGGAGAAGUGGUGUCUUAAAUGUGUUCGAUGUAAUCUGCAUAAGACCCCAGCUAAUAAAGUGAGUGCCCCGCUUGUAUCCAUAGAUUCAGAUUAUCCAUUACAGAUUGUGUCUGUGGACUUCCUGUCACUGGAGCCUGCGCGUAGUGGGAGGUGUAACAUUUUAGUUAUGAUGGACCAUUUUACCCGUUAUGCUGUGGCAGUGCCAACCAUGGAUCAAACAGCGGUGACAACUGCAAGGGCGUUAUGGGAACAUUUCAUUCAGCAGUUUGGGGGAUUUGAUCAGUUGCACUCUGAUCAGGGUCCCAAUUUUGAGUCUAGAGUCAUAAAGGAACUGUGUGGAUUAUAUGACAUCAGAAAGUCCCAUACAACACCCUAUCACCCUGCAGGGAAUGGACAAUGUGAGCGCUUUAAUCGGACAUUGUUGAGCAUGCUGGGUACAUUAAGGGAUGACCAGAAGGAAAAUUGGGACCAGCAUGUAGCAGAGAUGGUACAAGCCUACAAUAAUACCCCCCAUCCAUCUACAGGGUAUGCCCCUUACUUUUUGAUGUUUGGACGAUAUGCUAAGCUGCCCAUGGACAUUAUGUUGGGUCGGGGAGAUGGGUUUUCAGGAACAGUUGGCAGCUGGGUGCAUCAUCACCAUAAAAGACUGGUAACUGCCUAUAGUCAAGCGAGAAAACAGGUCCAGAAGGCUCAACUUCAUCAAAAGAAGGGGUUUGAUCGUAGGGUAAGAGGGGAACCUUUGCUAAUAGGACAGAGGGUAAUGGUUCUUAAUAAGAGGGCCAGAGGAAAAGGUAAAUUGGAGGAUAGGUGGGAGAGGAAUACAUAUGUGGUUAUUUCUCAACCUAAUCUUGACAUACCAGUUUAUGUUGUAAAGAAGGAAGGGGGUAAUUGUGAUGAGAGGGUGUUGCACCGCAAUAUGUUAAGUCCCUGCAAAUUUGAGGUAACCUCACAUUCAGAGAAUGAAGUAGGGGAGCAAGCUCCUGCUCUUCAGGUUGAUCCACUGAACAGUAAUUGGUGUAUGUAUCCUUGGGUCGGGGGCUGUCUAACAGAUUUGCCUGCACCUGUAAGGGAAAAUGAAAGGACUGUUAUGGACAACGCUGAAACAACUGCUCAGACUAUACAGAGAGAAGGACUCUCUAGCCCACCUGAUGUAUCAGUGGAGGGUUUGAGGCGAUCUGCACGGGCCACCAAGGGCCUGUUGCCACAGCGUUACAGAAUUUAAGUGGAAAUGUGUGGACACAUUUUGAGUAGGGGGGGUGGAUGUAAGCGGUGCUUCCCAAACCAGGAUGAUGCGUACUGGCGUCAUUUGCGUCUAUGACGUUUCCAGGAGAUGAACAGCUGAGUUCAAUUUGUAAUGAGUCCAAGCCUUUAAAAGCGAUUGUAGUUUCUGGGUCAGGAGGGGUUUUUCUUGGUUUUUGAUUGCAGGUGCUGCUGAGCCGCUGGCCAAGGCUAUCGUGCCGGGACGUGGGCAUGAUGUUGUGCGCGAGCGAAUGACUGGGAGGGAUAGUUGGUAGUGCUGGGGUUUCCCCGGACUAAAGUUUCGGCGGCCGCUGUUGACUUUCCAAUCGCUGUAUCCCACGUCCGGUAGCGGGUAAGCGGGCCAGCAGCACAGUUAUACUGUUGCGGGGUCAUUGUGUGUGCAUUGCAUUUUGUUCGCCGGGAGUUUGAGUGAGUUUGAUUGCUCCCGGCGCUUGUACUCUGUCUGUCUGUCUGUCUGUGUGUGUGCGUGCGUGCGUGUGUGUGUGCGUGCGUGUGACGGGGGAUGAGCGCAGGCUAGCAUUACGCUCCGUAAAGGAAAUGUUAAAUGACGACGGCUUGAUAUUUAGCUGGAGUGGUAUUGAUGGUAGCUUAUGAUUUGAUUGCUGUGUGGAGUCUAUUUAUGGGUGUUAUUUAUACAUUUAUAUUUAUGAGAUUUACUGUGUGGUGUAUUACAACUCUGGGUUGAUGUGAAAUGAUGAUGUGUUGCACAAUUACGGUUGAUACCCCUUGUUAAAUGCCUUGUGGUGGUCAUUUUAAUUGCCUUACCUAAUAAUUUUUAUGCAGUCCACUAACAAUCUUUACAUCAUGAACUUUAUGUCCUUUUGAUUCCCUACCUGCUGCUCCCCUUGUGUGGAAAUUUAAUCUUUAGGAUUAUUGUAUAAAAUAAAAGUGAAAUUAGUAUUUAAAUGAAUUGAGUGUUUGACGUUUCCUUGAUUAUUGUGGCCCAAAAUAAAUACUGUAUUUUGUCCAGCAAAGAACUUGUGUUGUGUGUGAAUACUUUAUUCCCUUUUUGGGAGGGUUACACACGCACCGCGGGGGGGCCCCGCGUGAUUAGGGGGCCCGGCGUCGUCGCGAUUUUCAAUAAACUGUU